CACAGGUAGCCCAAUAAUACAUCCGGGACGCUGUUCGCACUGCAUGCUGGUCUUAUCUAACAUGGCGGCCAUCUGCACAGGAUAAAACUCGAGGGGAAAAAAGUUGAAUUAUUGCUUCAAUUAAACGAUAAAAACACAAGUUUACUAUGAGACCAGCAGUACCUCCAUUGAUGUCACAACCAGGCCAUCCCAUUAAUACAGUACGGGGACCAGUUCCUAGACCAGUACCUGGAGGGGGACAAGCUGGAGGACCUGGUUCACUGAUGGGACAACCCCCAGGAGGUUUUCAGGCACCACCUUUUGACCCAAGAGCAGUGAUGCCAAAUAUAAGGAAUAUUUUGAUUCCAGGAAUGCAGGGUCCCCAAGGCAUUCCACCAGCAGUUAAACUUCAACCUCCAAUGAUUGAUAGCAAUGGUGAUGUCUGGUUAGAAAACAAGACUCCUGAGGGGAAAAUCUAUUAUUAUAAUGCAAGAACAAGAGAAUCCUCUUGGGAAAAACCUCAAAACUUGAUGCCGCCACCAGGAAGCCAACCACCACCAAAAAACCAGGGUGAGGGUCAGCAGAAUGCACCACAAGCAGCAAGUCGAGAAGGGGAAAUUCCUCAACAGCAAGAGCAUGGUGGCCAAGGAAAUCCAGAUAAACAGCCACAAGGACAACAAGUACCACAACAACCUGGACAACAUCACCAACUACCGCAAAAACCUGGACAACUCCAACCACCACAACAACCUGGACAACACCAACCACCACAACAACCUGGACAACAACCACCUCAACAACCUGGACAACACCAACCUCAACAACCUGGACAACAACCACCUCAACAACCUGGACAACACCAACCACCNCCUCAACAACCUGGACAACACCAACCACCUCAACAACCUGGACAACAACCACCUCAACAACCUGGACAACACCAACCACCUCAACAACCUGGACAGCACCAACCACCUCAACAACCUGGACAACACCAACCACCUCAACAACCUGGACAACACCAACCACCUGGACAACAAUUUCAGCCUCAGGUGCCUUUAGGACAACCAUUUCAAGCACCACAGCAGCCAAAAAGCAAUCAACAGCAACAAACACAAUCAACUUUACCACAGCAGCAUCCUGGACAAUUACAACAACCUGGACAACAGUUUCAACAAAUGCAGCCACAGACUGGGCCACAGCACCAAACAUUGCAACAAACACCACCACAUCUACAACCUGAGCAGCAGCCAGGGCAACAGUCUCAGCAGCAUCAACACCAACCAUUGCCGAAGUUUGCUGGACAGCAGCAGCAAGUACAACCACAGCCUGGACAACAACAAGGUCAGCCAAUGCAACAACCACAGCAUGGACAACAACAGCAACCUGGCCAACAUUUGCAGCCUGUGCAACAUCAGCAACCAGCACAACUCCAACAACCUGGACAACAUCAACAACCUGUGGAACAACUCCAACAACCUGGACAACACCAGCAACCAGUACAACACCAGCCAAUUCAACAGCAACCUAUUCAGCAACCGCAGCUUAAGCAAUAUCCAGCUAUACCACAUCAGCAACAGAAUAUCCAGCAACAAGGCAACCAGCAACACCCAGGUCGACAAGAUCAGCAAAAUGGUCAACAGAAACCUCCCAAUCAGCAUGGGGGGCAACAUUUUUCAGGGUCACAAAAAACUGUUCAGCAACUUCCAAGUCUUCUAAAUCAACAGCUCAGGCCACUGCUCUCUCAAAUGCAGCGACCAGGACUUCUUCAAGGACUACCUUUCCGCCCCAACAUUAACACAAUGCCACCGAGUCAAAACACGAGACCUCCAAACAUGCUUCCCCACAACAUGAACUUGCCYCCCCCUGGGAUGUUGCCAGGGUUACCAAGGAUGCCGAUCCCUGGAAUGCCACCGCCUGGCCUCUUGCCAAUGGGUAUGCCUCCACAACGUGAAUGGUCAGAACACCGAACAGCUGAUGGUAAAGUGUAUUAUUACAACUCUAGGACCAUGCAGUCUGUGUGGGAAAGACCCAAAGAGAUGGAUCAGCCACCGCCACCAUUGACAGGAAUGCCACCACAAGUGCUACCAGGAAUGUUUCCUGGCCAAAGAGGACCUGCAGCUGGUAGUCUGCCUGGUCAGGGUGGAGGAGAUAAGGAUGCUCAACAGAUCCAGGAAGUUGAAGCCAGUAAAAGAGGAGAAAAUGAAGGUGGAGAAAACAAGAGUGAAGUAAAUGAAACAGGGAAACCAAUUGCCAGUCAGCUUGUUCCUGGUACAUCUUGGUGUGUGGUGUGGACAGGUACUGGCAAGGCAUUCUUCUUCAACCCUACUACUAGAUUAUCAAUAUGGGAAAAACCAGAGGAACUACAAGAUAACGAAAAAGUAGAUGAAAUUGUUGAGAAGGGUCCACCUAACAAACAGAAAGAAAAUAAGGUUAGGAAAUCUGUGAGUGAAGAUGAUGAUGAUGAUGAACCCGAACGCAAGAAAAUGAGAUCUGACAGUGACACAGAAGAAGGACCAAUGGCUGUAGAUCCAGAGCCCACAGAACCAGAAACAUCUGUAAAACUAAUGAAAGAAGAAACAAAAUCCCAGCAACAACAAGAAGUACCAAGACAUCAGAAAGGAGCACAUGAUACUAGAAAUAUGCUGCCGUUGGAGGAGAGAAUGAAGCAAUUCAGGGAGAUGAUGCUAGAACGAGGGGUCUCCGCAUUCUCAACCUGGGAAAAGGAACUUCCCAAGAUAGUGUUUGACCCAAGAUUUUUGCUAUUAGUUCCAAGAGAGCGCAAACAGUGCUUUGAAAAAUUUGUUAGAACAAGAGCUGAAGAAGAAAGACAAGAAAGGAAAAACAAGUUGAAGGAGAAAAAAGAAAACUUCAAAGAAUUAUUGAAGAUUGCUAAGGUGUCUCAUAAAACAACAUUCAGUGAUUUUGCUGCCAAAUAUGGUAAACAUGAUGUUUUCAAAGCAAUAGAGAAGAUGAAGGACAGAGAAGCAUUGUUUACAGAGUAUGUGGCUGAAACCAAGAAGAAAGAAAAGGAUUCUUCAAAGACCAAGCAUGAUAAGCUUCAGAGUGACUUCUUAGAUCUACUGUCAGAACAGAAACUAGAUGCAAAGUCCAAGUGGCACAAAGUGAAAGCUAAGAUUGAUGAUGAUCCGAGGUACAAAGCAAUUGAAAGUAUUGCAACUAAGGAAGAAUACUUUAGGGAAUAUGUAGCACUUCUGGAAAAGAAGGGAAAUUCAGAGAAAGAAAAGGAAAGAGAGAAGCAGGAAAGAAUAGAGGCCAGUAUUCGUGAACGAGAGCGUGAAGUCCGUGCUUCCCAGGCAGAGUUGGCCAAAGCCAGAGAAAAAGAGAAAGAAGUUCAUCUCCGAGAUAAAGCUUUUCAGCACUUCAUUGCAUUACUAACAGAUAUGGUUCGCAAGCCAGAUGCAACAUGGAAAGAAACCAAGAGAGCUCUUAGGAAAGAUCAUAGAUGGUCAAUGGCAGAUGCACUUCCUAAGGAUGAAAAAGAAAAAAUAUUUAACGACCACAUUGCUAAACUACACGGCAGAAAAAGGGAACAGUUUAGAAGAUUACUUGAUGAAACGUCUGAGUUAACUCUGACGUCAUCAUGGAAAAGUAUCAAGAAAAUUAUAAAAGAAGAUCCAAGAUUUUCUAAAUUUUCUUCUAGUGACAGAAAACGUGAAGCUGAAUUCAAUGUGUAUUUACAAGAUAAACUGGCAAGUGCAAAGGUUGAUUUUCGACAACUACUUAAAGAAACCCACUUAAUAACAUACAAAUCAAAGGAACAGAUAAGGGAAUCAAGGAAACACCUUAAAGACAUCAAUCAAGUCCUGAAGAAUGAUAGGCGGUAUUUAGUUCUAAAUUGCUUGGAAGAAGAACAGGAAAGACUUUUAUUGAACUAUAUUGAUGAACUUUAUCGCCAUGGUCCACCACCACCACCAACUGCUACAUUGCCAUCUAACUGGAAUAAAUCCCACUAAAAUGCCCUCUUUUGUCUUAUCAUGUCAAGAAAAUAUUCUUGGAUAGCAGUAUAUAAUAGAAGGGCUUCUACUUUAUCCCAACAGUAUCUUUUUUAGAUUUGUAUAGUUAUAUUCUUCAAGUAUGGAAAAAGUUUUUAAAAUUAUGAUAAGUUAUAUUGAGAAAAUGAGCUACAAAAUCUAAUAGGCUACUAGAUUAAUUCUAUGUAUCCUAAUGGUUGAGCCUGUCAUUUUCUUCCCCACCCUUCCCUCCCUUCUGGCUUUUCUUUCUGAACAAUUGACAGUUUUGGAAAAACUCCUGAAGAUUGGUUGUUAUCAUCUAAAUAGAGGCUUUGUGCUAUCACGUGCCGGGGUCCAUAAUACAGCUUCCAGGACUGCCUGUGCCUCUAUGCUCUUGGGAGUUGAAUUCUUUAUCUUGUAAAACCAUUGUAUUGUUCCUGCCAUCUAACAUGGCUGCCAUCACGAUGGUGCAAAGCCUGUAUGAGUGUUACGAAAAUUAUCAGUGGCCUUAUGUUCAGAACUUUGUUUGGGCUUCCUCAUGCGUGCUAGCUUAUAAGUCAUCACACCAUUAUAGACUCGGGCUAAAAGUAAUAGUUGGCAGCAAAUUAAUUUUAGCUUGGUCAUACCUUGUUUAUGGCUCAACGUAACUGGUCAAAAUGAUCAGCAAAGCAAAGUAUUGACUGGACAAUUUAUGAUUCUUGAAGGCCUUGUCUGAUGACCAGCCAAUAUUUAGUGCUGUAGACUUUGCGUAUGGUGUGAUAAAGCAGAUCUCAUAAAAAG